AUGAGCUGGUCGUUUAAUCCCGAGAAGGACAAUGUAUCCAAAUACAUGGUUCAUUCUUUGAAUGUGCUCAAUAAUAGCCUGGAUCAAAACAUGGAUGAUUCGGUCCUCCACUCUGCUGACCAGUGGCUAAGAGAUAAGUUUGAGAAUGUUCUUGCAUCUCCACAGCAAACAACAUCCCUUAACAACAAUGACUUUGAAUUCACUGAUAAAAAUGAUAUAUUCACUACUGCAAAUGCUUCUCCAGAGAGGAGGAAGACACCAACAAAGAGUAACGCCUCCAGCGAGUUUACACCAAGGUCACUGUCAAAGCAAGUUCCAGAGAGGGCAAAAAAGGGUACAAUGUGGUCGCCGUUUAGCAAGGAGCGCUCACCGGCAAUUCCAACUUCCAAUAAACCACUGUCAAAUAGAGAACCCAUAGCUACAAAUACAGAAAGCCCUACCCGCGGAGAGAACAUCAUUAACACAGGCAAUCAUAGUACGCCAGAUACCACUUCUGUGCAACGAAAUCCCAACGGUAAAGAAAAAGAACAGUCUGCAUUGAAUAGCUCCAGACUGUUAGAUACUGUCUCAGAUAAUUCAGAACAGAAAAGUGUUAGUCCAGCAUCCGGCCCUAAUAAAACCACAUCCAUUGGCGUGAGCGCAACUGUAUCACCCGUGAAUCAGCUAGCCGAUACAGUAGUGAUUCCACCGAAGAAUGUUGCUCAGUAUGAUCCAGGGAUUGAAAAAAGGGCUAGAAUAAGACAAAAUCUGUUCGUUCCCUUACCUGAAAAGGACCCGCUUACAGUUCGAUCGGCAGCGCCUGUGUCCAAAUCAAAAGAUUCCACUAAAGAAAUAACUACCACAUACCCACUAGCUCAGACUCCAAAAUUACCGAAACUUGAAAGAAAGCCUACGAAGAAGACACCCAAUAGCAAUCCAGUUUCACAAAUCAACAACGUCGACCAUUCCCCGUCUGCUCGCAGUGAACGAAAAGUUCAAAAGAGUACCGGAAUCACAAAGGAAAAUCAAACAAAACUUAAAAGUCCUCUUAAACAUAUAGCGCUGACAAACUCUUCCGUAAAGAAGUCCCCUAAUAUUUCUGAGAAUGUAUUUGAUAGACUAUCAUCUCUCUCUACUAAAUCCUUCAAAAAGAAAGUACAGAGCCACUCAAAACCCCAUACUAGCUUACCCCGGUCGUCGAUUGAUUUCAGUGGUUCUCCAAUGAGGAGACAUUCUCCCCCUGCGAAAAGGCCGAAUCAAGAUGAGCUAUCGAUGCAGGAAACAUUGAAAGAUAUAUUCUCGACCAGUAAGACAAAACCGAGGCUAAAUCUGUCUAUUCCAAAGAAAAAAGAGUCAUUGCCGUUGGAGAAUGACGCUUCAAAGUUACCCCCAGUAACCUCAAUUAAAUAUCCUGUGGAGCACGACGACAUGAAAGUCGCUUUGCCCUUAGCACCUUCAUCGCCAAAUAAAGAAAACUUUAAGCAGGUCAACUUAUCUAUUUCGCCUGGAAUAGAGGGGAAAUCCCCAGUUUCUAAAGGUUUUUCAGUGUCUGGUGACAGCACGAAGGAGGGACUGCCCAAGAGUAAUAAUUCUACGGAAAAGUUCUCAAAGUCAACCGGAAAUGCGGAAGAUCGGAAAUGCGAUAACAAACUUACCGAGUUCCAGUUUUUACCACGCCCUGGGCCUGAUAAGGAAGACGUUAAAGCAAGAUUAAACAAGCGUUUGUCAGAAGUUCUUAGAACCCAACACGAGCUUGGAAAGCGGAGAAAGGAGCAGCGUAGAAAGAAAUCGCAGUUGGAAGACGAUUUAUCCAAGCGCUCCAAUGUCAAAUUCAGUGAUUUCAAGAAUUAUUCAAAAAAACAUUCACUCUUAGCAUCAAGUGAGCCUGCUAAGACUUUCACCAAAUCGUCAUCGAAUAAAAGACGUCGUACAAAAGAUAAUCGAGAAUCGACAGAUCCAAAUUCUGUUCUAGCGGGAAUCAACUCGAUAGAUUAUAGGAACAAGGCCAGUUUGAAGCCGUCUUCACAUAUUCAAAAUAAGGCGCGUAGCGAGGCCGUUGAUGAUUCACUUCCAGAAAUUCUGUCAGAUCCUGAACUAGACACUGUAGUUUUGUCCAACUGGGCAAAGGAAUCGCCAUUGAGACAACAACUGGUAGAGCAGGAAAACUGGGACACAAAGAAAAUCUUCGGACCAUUGGCGCCAUUGCAUAUUGAAGAGAUAUUCCCGACCACAUCCAGAUUGCAUAAGUAUAAAACUGCCAUGGCGAGAAAAACAUCUUGGAAAAGCUAA